AUGCAUUGUAAAGCAUAUGUAGGAAAAAUAUGAUUUUGAAAUAAUGAAGGGGUUUGUGGUGCUAUUGAUCAGCUCUACUUCUAUAAUGAUUUUUUUUAUGUUUUAUUCAGGUGGUUUUUUAGAAGUUGUAGGCUUUAUUUAGAUUUAUUGCACUAUUGGUGUGCUAAUUUAUGGGGGCUAUCUUAUUAUUGAUGUUCAACUUAUUCUUGAUAG